CCGGGGCCCGCGCCGGAGCCGAGCGGGCGGCAGGAGGAGGCGGCGGCGGCGACCGCGGCGGCCGCUCGCUCCUCCAUCAUGGAGGCCCCGGGGCCGGCCCGCGCGCCCGCUGUGCCUCGCGCGCCUGCGCGGCCGUACCCCCCCCCCCCUCCCCGCGCGCACCGCCCGCGCGCGCGCUUGGCGGGGGCCGGGGGGGGCCGGUGAUGGGAACGAGGCCCGGCGCGCGCCUCGCCCACCCGGGUCGACCCCGAAAGCGCGCGCGCGCGCGCGCGCGGGUGGGCGGGAGGGGGCGGGACGGAAGCGCGCACCUCGAGGAAAGCUCAAGAGACCCAGGCCCAGCACUAGGGUCGCCCCUAGGAAAAGCGGGACUUUGGGAGGGGCCGUUUCCUGCCCCUUCGCCCCAAAGAAAGAUUCUAACCCCCUCCACACCCAAAUGCCACUCUCCUGGACAAACAGUGUCAGAGAGAAAGGGCGACCACCAAGGGUGAUUUCUGCGAUGGCCCCAUCCUCUCUGAUUCCUGGCCGGGGUCGGUAGUCAUGGUAACCCUUCCGCGGUCUGGAACCCUCCCCCUUUGUGGUUAUGAAGUCCCAAACCUGCCCUGUCACUGGACUUGGGGAAGGUUGCUAAGGUAACCUAAGCCCCUGGUGGUCCUUCUGCCCCCACCCUCAUUCGGUUACUAUGGCAACCUCACCUAGCACUCAGGUAGCAAGGACCCCAGCCCCAAGGACACUGACUGCUGAGAGAACACCUCUUUCCCAACCCCUCCCCCUAGCCGCCCAGCUGGCAUUACCAUGGUAACCGGAUCCCCCCCUCUUUCUCGUCGUGGGAGGCCUGUGGCCCAAACCAACCAGGUGUUUUUAUUUAGAGGAGAAGAUGCUCUGCGGAGGACUAGUUGCUAUGGUUACAGGGCCUGGACCAGGAGGUGGAGACAGGCAAGGUCAAGCCCUGGUUACUAUGGUAACAAGAGCAACCCCACCUCCCACCCCCCCCCCCCCCCUUCCAGGGACCCUAGGAACCAGGCCCACCAAGGCAGGGGAUGUUUUAGGAUUGUGUCUCAGGAUGGAGUGUGUCUAGGGAAGGCGUUGUCAUGGUAACAGCUCUGGUCACUUCUAACCCCACCUCUCUGGACACAUUCAUAAGAAAGGGAUGGUUAUAGGUCGCUGUGGUAACUGACAUCCUUCCCACCCACUCCUGAGACACUCCAGGUGGUGCCUGAGCUUAUGGAACUUCAAGAAAAAGGAUUCUCUGACCUUCUCGCUGCCACUUCUGUAGGUAAGAUGAAGCCGUACUCUCUUGUGCAAAAUUGGCUGAUUUGGGGUUUUCUGGUCCUUGUUCCCUCAGCAGUGCAUUUGAGCUGGUCUGGAACCGCCCACCGGGAGCUCCCACAGCAGCCUAGGAGGAUGCCCCGGAGGCCCAGCUAGGGCCCGACUUUGGCCCCAUGCGGCUCACCCGCUGCCAGGCUGUCCUGGCAGCCGCCAUCACGCUCAACCUCCUGGUCCUCUUCUAUGUCUCGUGGCUACAGCACCAGCCCAGGAACUCCCGGGCCCGGGGUCCCCGCCGUGGAGCUGCCGCCGGCCCCCGCGUCACCGUCCUGGUGCGCGAGUUCGAGGCCUUCGACAACGCGGUGCCAGAGCUGGUGGACUCCUUCCUGCAACAGGACGCAGCCCAGCCGGUGGUGGUGGCCGCCGACACGCUCCCCUACCCACCCCUGGCCCUGCCCCGGGUUCCCAACGUUCGUCUGGCGCUGCUCCAGCCCGCCCUGGACCGGCCCGCCGCCGCCUCGCGCCCCGAGACCUAUGUAGCCACCGAAUUCGUGGCCCUGGUGCCCGACGGGGCUAGGGCCGAGGUACCGGGCCAGCUGGAGCACAUGGUGGAGGUGCUCCGGGCCGGAGGUGCACGCCUGGUGGCCGCCCCCGUCGCCUCCGCCAACCCCGCCCGCUGCCUGGCCCUGAACGUCAGCCUGCGCGAGUGGACCGCCCGCUACGGCCCCGCCCCGUCCGCGCCCCGCUGCGACGCCCUGGACGGAGACGCCGUGGUGCUCCUGCGCGCCCGCGACCUCUUCAACCUGUCGGCGCCCCUGGCCCGGCCGGUGGGCACCGGCCUCUUCCUGCAGACGGCCCUCCGCGGCUGGGCCGUGCGGCUGCUGGACCUGCCGUUCGGCGCGGCGCGCCUGCCCCCGCUGGCCACGGCCCACGCGCGCUGGAAGGCGGAGCGCGAGGGGCGCGCGCGGCGGGCGGCGCUGCUGCGCGCGCUGGGCAUCCGCCUGGUGAGCGGGGAGGGCGGGCGGCUCGAGUGGUUCGGCUGCAGCAAGGAGACGCCGCGCUGCUUCGGGACGGUGGUGGGCGACACGCCGGCCUACCUGUACGAGCAGCGCUGGACGCCGCCGUGCUGCCUGCGCGCGCUGCGCGAGACCGCGCGCUACGUGGUGGGCGUGCUGGAGGCGGCGGGCGUGCGCUACUGGCUGGAGGGCGGCUCGCUGCUGGGGGCCGCCCGCCACGGGGACAUCAUCCCGUGGGACUACGACGUGGACCUGGGCAUCUACCUGGAGGACGUGGGCAACUGCGAGCAGCUGCGCGGCGCCGAGGCGGGCUCGGUGGUGGACGAGCGCGGCUUCGUGUGGGAGAAGGCCGUAGAGGGCGACUUCUUCCGCGUGCAGUACAGCGAGAGCAACCAUCUGCACGUGGACCUGUGGCCUUUCUACCCCCGCAACGGGGUCAUGACCAAGGACACGUGGCUGGACCACCGGCAGGAUGUCGAGUUCCCCGAACACUUCCUGCAGCCUCUCGUGCCCCUGCCCUUCGCUGGCUUCGUGGCGCAGGCGCCUAACAACUACCGUCGCUUCCUGGAGCUCAAGUUCGGCCCCGGGGUCGUCGAGAACCCCGAGUACCCCAACCCGUCACUCCUGAGUUUGGCGGGAAGCGGCUGAGGCUCCAGCGGCCGCUCCUGGGGUCGGGAGAAGAACGCUCAUGCGCGGGGAGCUGGCCUUUGCUUUGGCGCCGCUGGCGUUUGGUGGGCGGGCCGGGGAUGCCCAGCUGCCCUGCAAGGCCCAGCACAGGCCCGGACGUCGAAGACCUACGCUGCCCAAGAUUUCCGAGAGCGUGGGCUUUAUUCAGAGCACGGACAGUUUUUGUAAAGAGGAAAGCGUGUGGGUUCUGGGCUGGACUGCCGCGACCAAAACCCCAGCUCUACCACUUGCGACUUAGGUGGGCCUGGGCGACUGUCCCAGCUUCUCUGUGCCUCAGUUUCUUCCGGGAUUCAAUGAGCGCCCUCUGUCCAGCUCACGGUCCGUGGGGCACUUGGUUGCUGGGGCUGCUUCCGCCACCAGGGGGCGCCGUUGUCCUGCUGUGGGGCCAAGGCGCCGGUAAGCCUGUCCCCUCCGUUGUUCUGGUAGCUUUCCUGACUCUUGAGUCUCAGGCCUCUCUAAUCCCCUGUGUCUUGCAAGACCGGAUAACUAUCGCCCUUCGAGAGCCCCGGGAGGUGCAUGCUGCUCUUGACCUCCUCUUCCAGAGGAGGGAACAGGCUCAGAGCCCUGAGCUGCAGCUAUGGUUAAGAACCGGGUCCUGGAUGCCGGCCCCACUCCAUGUUAACGGUGUUACCUCAUUAUUUCAGCUCUCUGCACCUAUUAGCCCACUGCAAGGCCGGAUAAACAGUCGUCAUAACUCACGUUACUCAGCACAUACCGUGUGCCAGGCAUCCUUCUCAGUAUUUCACACAGAUUCACUGAUUUAUGUCUCACCCCCAGGUCCUGAGGUGAGAGCUGCUAUUAUUUCCAUUUUAUAGGGAAGCAAACUGAGGCUGGAAUGGUAAAGCCAUUUGCCCAAGGUCAGACAGCUUGGGAAGUGACCGAGCAGGGACUUGAACCCAGGCAGUCAGUCUGGAGCCCACACAGAAGUUGGAUACUAUGCCCCUCUCUGUGGUACCGCUCUGCGUCUCCGAAACUCUGCUUUGCACCUAAGAAAUGGAGGUGGCUGGGUGCUGGGUGGCACUUGAGUGGUAAAGGGGUCAGGAAUCAAGGCUGGGGUUGGCUCCUGGCUUGGCCACUUAUUUUCCUGGUCAUCUUAGGCAAGUCACGGCCUCCCUGAACCCAUAGGUCGGGUGUGGGGGAUCGGUGUCGUUGCAGACACAUGAAGCCCUUGGAGGAGGAGACCUCACAGGCCGGCAAGAGGGAAGACGCAUGCAAAUUUGUCCCAGUCUCCUGAGACUCAGAUGUCCAAAGCCUGACUUCUUCGAACACAGCCUCUGUUUUUAGCCACUGAACCCGCAAAUGGCCCCGAGACUGUUGGGUUUCCGUGGAGCGUUUGGGAAACAUACAGGGACGAUUUGGGGUGAUCACGGGGUGCUCUUGGCUCUCCAGAGCCACGGCCCAGGGAUGGAGACGUCCCAUAAUAUGCAGGGCGUCUCCACCUAAUAAAACAUCGUCCCUUGUCACGUGCGGUUUUGAAAUGCCCCACAGGGCAUUCGUGAAGGAUGUGUGAUGUCCAAAACCUUUUGUAACAGGUACAGUAAUAUAAAUUAAUAUAUAAGUUAAUAUAUGCAUCCGUCUAUUUAAAUACUUCUUUUUGAUUCUCUAAAGAAUGGAAACGAACCCUCUCUGUAUACAUAUUUCUUUAAGUUGUUUGCCAGGAACAUAAGCUGAAGCUCACAUCGUUCUUAAUCGCUGCAAUGAUUUUGUUUUAUUUAGAAACUUAUUUAGAAAUUGUUGGUGUGAUUUCUUGACACAGCUAUAUAUAUAUAUAUAUUCAUAUAUAUUUAUGAAUAUAUAUAUCGCUUAUUUAUUUAUUUAUUAUAUAAAAUAUAUAUAAAGUAACCCUGCCUUAGCUGUGAUUUGAUAAGGGAACCACAUCGAGUGCUUCUGGCAACUUCCCACUGAGCUGUUUCAUCAGGUGACUUGGGGUCUCAACAGAUCAUUUCUCUUGGCAUUAUCCACGGCGUUUUGGUGUUUUCUCCUCUCCUCACUGUUCUUGAACUAUCAGCAAUUACACUAAAAUCUUUUGUAGCCUC